AUGUCUCCCAACAAGUCUCUUACGGUCACUUUGGCUAUCUACUCUGACAAUAAGCCGAGUGUAGCAUGGGCUCAGAAAGCUCAAGGAGUCUUCCCUCAAGGUAUCGGACGGAACACAAGCAUCGAGAAGCGAAGUGUUCUGCGAUUGAUCGACGCCCUGUCAGAGGAGUUCCGAGUCCUCAGGUCUCUGGGAUCGGCUGUCUCGUACCGAAUCCUUCAUUGCUCGGGACCGGACAAUACCGCAGCCGAUCGGCUUAGCAGAUAUCUUGAGCAGUGCUGUGACGAUGCUGGCAAGGUCAUGCUUGCUGCUGCGCUUCAAGAUCUUACUGCUGUUGACCUCGACGGUACUGGUGGGCUUACCGAGGCUACCAAGAAGGCUGACCGGCUUGCACAAGAUGAAGCUUAUCUCCUCCAGUUGGCAGACUUCGAUCCCGAUCCUGGUGAAGACGGUGACACCGAAGCCGAUGAAGUGUGCUUUGUGCCAUUCAAGCCACGUUACCCUCGACGUAAGACUACUGCCCGUCAACAAGUCCCAGAUGAUGCGGCCGCCAAGUAUACUCAAGCCAUGGAGGACAAGCAGCAAGCUGCCAUCCAUCAAUUGUCCUCUUCUGGUCUCCAAUUACAGGACGUGCUUGUCGUGGUGCGAGAUGCCCAAGCAGGGGUGGUUUUCUCUGGUCGUGGUACAGCUUACGUCUUCGAUGCCAAAGACGAGAUAUGGUCCCACUGCGACCCUCAGUGCGGUUCCACCAGCAGGUUCUAG